GGAUCUCUUGGAAGCUCUAAUCACUUGAGCUAUCCCUCACUCUCACGAUGGUAUAUAAUUUGUGAGACAUAAAUAUUUUUUUUUGUUGCAACUAGAAAGAAUUGGAGGUAAUAUAGAGUUUUUCUUUAAACAAAAUACAAGUAUAUUUUUAUAACUUAACAUGUGCACGUGAACAUAUGAGAAACCAUUUUGUAAUUAGUGAAUUCUUUUGGGUUAACAUGAAGGCCGAAAAUCUGAAACUUCUUUUGAAAGAUUUUUACUAACCUAAUUUCAGACAGAUUUUGUUAAAUACAGUUAACAUUACACACACGUUCGCCAAAACUCAAAAGAAAGAAAAUGCGCAUUGGUCACUCUGAUAAAAACGGGGAUAAUAUUUAAUUUCCCCCAAAAUAUCCUGAUUUUCUUUGGUCAUUGCAGUAUGGUUUAUGACCAAGAAUUUGAUAUUUACUUGGGUGCUCUUUCUUCAGCACCAGUACAAACUUCAAAGUGUUGACUUUUCUGGGUUUUAAUAGCAAUUGAAGGACAGGUAAUUGGAAAAUGGGGUUGUCCAAGUUUUCAUGGGUUAGUGGGAUUGCAAUUGUGUUUCUUCAGCUGGUUACUGGUAGUUUUGGUUGGGGACAACAUGGUCAUUAUGUUACUUGCAAAAUUGCUGAGGGAUAUCUUACAGAAAAUGCCAUGGCUGUUGUAAAAGAACUGCUCCCAAAGUCCGCUGAAGGAGAACUAGCAGCUGUCUGCUCCUGGGCUGAUUUAUUUGCAGUUCGCUCCCACUAUUACUGGAGCCGUGCAUUGCAUUUUGUUGAUACACCUGAUUUCAGGUGUAAUUAUGACUACACCAGAGACUGCCAUGAUUCUUCUGGACGCAAGAAUAGAUGCGUGACUGGGGCGACCUACAAUUAUACAUUGCAAUUAAUGUCAGCAUGCCAUAACUCAGCUUCUAAAUCUAGAUAUAACUUGACUGAGGCUCUCAUGUUUCUGUCACAUUUUGUUGGUGAUGUUCACCAGCCUCUGCAUUGUGGUUUCCUUGGCGAUCUAGGAGGGAACAGAAUUCAUCUUCAUUGGUAUCGCAGGAAGGCAAAUUUGCACCAUGUGUGGGAUACAGAAAUCAUUGAUACUGCCUUGAAGAGGUUCUAUGGUUCAGAUCUGAACAUCAUGAUAGAAUCCAUGCAGAAAAAUAUAACGGAGGAUUGGUCUAACUAUGUUGAGUCGUGGGAAGAAUGUGAUGCAAACUGCACAGUUUGUCCAAAUCCGUAUGCAUCUGAGAGCGUUAAACUUGCUUGCAAAUAUGCAUACAGGAAUGCCACACCAGGAAGUGUAUUGGGAGACGAAUACUUCCUCACUCGGCUACCCAUAGUGGAAAGGAGGCUGGCUCAAGGCGGAAUUCGCUUGGCAGCUACUCUCAACCGUAUAUUCAACAGCUCUUGCGGGCUGAUCUCUAAUGUGGGAAAAGGAGAGCAAGGAGUCAGUUUUGCAUGAGACUGCAUCGUUCAAUUCUUAUUUGAAAACGACUCACACAUAUUGGAGAAGACCAUAUCAUCAUUCUUCAUUGCUGUACAUAUUGAGGUAAUCUACGGAGAAGUUACUGGAUCAUGUAUAUAUUGAAAAUUUGAAAUGUGUGUACGAAGAAAAUUGUAAUAUUAUUCAUUCAAAUACUGAUGAAUUCAGUGAACGUAUUGCUUAUUGUAAAGUACUUUAGUUGCAUUUGUUCAGAUAUCAAGCAUUAUGUACAAUACAAAUCAAUAAAGAAACAUCAUUUGAGUCA